GCUGGGUGAUGUGAAGGUGGAAGGUGGGUUUGCGAUCUGGAUGUCUUUGGGGAGAGGACGAAGACCUAGAUUGGGAGCUGGCCGCUGCUCUUCAUCCUUGGGGUUAUUAUGUCUCAAAGUUCCCGUUCCUCUACAGAUCUCCUGCCGCCCAAUCCGAUUCUUGAUCAGUUUUACAAAAAUAGAGACAUACGCGUACCUUCACAAGUCCAGUACCAGAUUGUAGGUGCGGCGCUGAGGCAUUGCAACGAUCCACGGGCCUACCCAUUGUCGCAGAUGGAGGAGGACAUAGCAGCACUGACGACUGACCUGACCACUGUGGGAGACAUUGGCUUUUUGGUUGGCCGUCAUGCAUGGUUUGACGCGGGCCCGGCCGUCGCGCGGGCUCUGAUGGAUAAACCAGCACGAAGUGGGGACGAGUUCGCUGCGUACAACCUGGCACGGAUCAUGUCGACAGACCACCCGCACUCCAAUCGGAACCUACAGGCUGCGAUGAAGAUCUUCAGGGAACUGGCGGACAAGAACCACGCUGGGGCGCAGUUUAAGGUUGGCGAAAGGAUGGUGAAAGCCCACGAUAUCCCGGGCGGGAUGAAGAUGCUAGAGAAAUCUGCUGCGAAUGGACACGCGGAGGCUGCCGUGUACCUAGGAGUCUUCUAUAAGGACGGUUUCAAGAAUUGGGUCUCUGUGGACCGCGUGAAGGCAAUGAAAUAUCUCAGACAAGCGCACGACGCAGGAAACCCGGAGGCGUCAUACCACAUCAGCGUGAUGUACUCAUUCGGUCAGCAUGACCCUUCUGGUCAACCGGACCAUUGGAAGUCCUUUGCGUUUCUGACCAUCGCCGCCAAUGCAGGCAUCCCCCGCGCUCAACACAACCUGGGCAUAUGCUACAUGGUUCCCCCAGCCCUCGAAAUCCCUUACGACCCCUUUCUCGGCGUUCAGUACCUCUCCAUGGCAGCAGAUCAAAACCUGAUGCCAUCGCUCAUCAACCUGGCCAGGCUCUACCUCUACGGCAACCUCAAGGGCAAGGUGUACCCGGACUAUGGGGUCGCUGAAAACUAUCUCAAACGCGCGUUUGCAAUUACGCAGAAUGACCGGGAUAAGUAUUUCAUUUAUGGGCCAGAGGUGGAGGGGUUGAUGGAGGAUAUGAGGAGGCUGAUCAAGGGCGAGGUACUGAGUAUGGAUCCAGUUGUGCUUGGCGCCAAGAAGGCUGUUGAUGAGUGAUGGUUUGAGGGCCAGCAAGGGGUUUGAAGCCACGGCCUCCCCGUGGGAGGCCAUCAGCGCCGUAAUGCCAUCAUCAGGCACGAUCAAGCUCUAGGAACGGGUUGCCGCGGGGAGUCGGCUGAGCGGCCACGGGUAGCGACGAAGGAAAGCACUUUGGGAGGCGUAGCACAUAGUACUCCAUGAUUAGUCCGGUUCGAGUAUGACUACCGAAAGGACCCGUAGCAGAUGAUGCAGCAAUGAGGAGCCAGUUUUUGGAAGUUCAAAUGUUGUUUAUUACAAAUAGUGGUAAAGAAGAGAGUAAAUA